AUGAACCGCAGAACGCUCCUCGACAUCGCCAUUGCCGGGCUCGUGUUUGCAUGCAUAGCAUUUCUAGUCAGCCUUGGCUUGACUAUCUUUGGAUUCGUUAAACUCCACCGUCAUGGGUCUAACGGGCCUUUGAGCCUCUCAUGGGUCAAAGCUUCCUUGACCCUGACAACAACAUGGUUGGCCCUCGAGAUCAUGGCCCAGUCGGUCCCUGACACUAGUGUCUCGGCUGGUACCUACGACAAGGCGAACCCCAGCUUUCAUACCAACGUAGUCUGUGCCCUUUUCGGCGCGACUGCUUUUGUUGUGGUCAUGGUCGCUGAAAUUGAAGUCGUGCGAGAUUUUAAGGCACCCCCCGCACGAUGGUUCCCUCGCAAAUUGGCCUUCUCCAUCCUCGGAUUGGUUGUUUCUCUCAACUGCUUGAGGAUUUUCCUCGCCGAAGCCUUGCUCUUCACUCAGAUUGAAAAGCUGGGUCUUGUGUGUAAUGCCAUUGACGCUGCCACAAUUCUGAUUCUCUUGCUUUUCGGCAUUACUGCUUUCGUGUUCCUUGUCAGGGCAAGAGCUGCAGUCAGCUCCCGUAUUUUCAAGUACAUGGUAGCCAUCUACAUCAUCACAUUGUGUCGUCUCACAUACCAAUCUAUCUACACCAUUCUAUACUUACUCAGCCUUUAUUCUGUUGAUUUCGGCGCAUAUUGGACCAUUUUCUUGCAACUUCCUUCGGUCUUUAUCACUGCUUGGAGUCUACUGGCGUGCCUCGGUCUUAUGUGCUUCGUGGCUUCGCUCGGCUGCAAAGGUGAAGACAUUAAUGUUGGUCUCCCAGCAGACGACGACAAUACUCUCAAAGAUGAGGAGCUUUAG